CCAAAAACCCUAAAUGCCAAAACCCAGAGAGAAAGCAGAAAAAAACUAAUCCCAAAGUAGCUAACCAGAAAUCUCAGUCGAAUCAUCAUGGUCGUCCCUCUCAGAGCUAUUCCUUCAUCUCGCGAGGGGUUUUAUGCAAUAAACAACCAGUUUCAAGCAAAUGGGCCAAAAGGGUUCAUGGAGUUCAAAAUGUUGGAGAACGAAGAUAUGUACGUUCGGAUUGAUUUUCCCGGCGUUCCAAGAGAUGGUGUGAGGGUUUUUCUUGACCAGUCGAAGAAAGCUGUUUGUAUCUUCGCCGACGCACCAAAGGAACACAAAUACGACUACUCUGAACGGAACUACGGUACCUCCACCGGACUCGUCUGCAAAUGCUGUGAAAUCUCCGGAUUCACUUCCUUCAUGUCUGAUGGUGUUCUUAGGCUUCUCCUCACCAAGUCCAACAUCACUCCACAACGCUCCUCCUGCAUCUCGUUUCUUGCUGGCCCAGAUUUCAGAGAAGAUCUGCGUGGCAACGGUCCUCACAAAUUUCCCCAUGGCACGGAUCCUAAUGAUCCGAAAUUAACGGGUCGGAUAUUGAUGCCACACCCAUGUGUGAACUAUGGAUCAGAGAUGGCUUAUGAGUCCAAGCAGCUUCAAAACGGUGGUCUAUACGUGCGUGUAGACAUGCCAGGCGUUCCCAAAGAGAACUUCACUGUCGCAGUCAUGAAUGGGAGAGUGAGGGUGACCGGUGAAGCUCCUGCCAUUAGCCACGACUCAAGUGGACGUUUCUACACUGGUGACGUUGCUAUGCUCUCCACUCCUUUCGACAUUCCCAUCCGUAAGAUCAAGAUCAUUGCUAAGAACGGUGUCAUUCGUCUGAUCAUCCCUCCCGUUUGAUUCCAUAAUUAUUAAAUUCGUGACAUCUUGUGGACUUCUCCUUUAGAGAUAUUAUGUCGUCAUUUUGGGAUUAAGUUUUUAUCAACUUUGGAUAUGUUUCAAAAAGACAAUCUUUACGUGUGU